UUCAAUUUACCGUAACAUAUUUUAGAAUUUUAAUAAUUAAUCAAAAUGUUGAUUUGGUAAUUACUGUAUGAAUUAUACUAUCAAAAUACCAUCAAGUAAAUUAACAUGAAUAAUUCUCAAAAUUCAGAUAUUUUCUUGGAAAAUAGCAUGAUUGAAGAUAGUCCACAUAUCUUUAAUAGUACACCUUAUAAAAUGCUAUUGACAAAAACUAUAGAAUUUCUUAGCACAGAAAGUAUAUUCAAAGAACCCUCAUUUGCACAAAAAUUUACUUUAUGCCUUGAAGAUUGUUGCGUUUGUGUAUGUCAGUGUCUGGAAUUAAUAAGUUCUACAGUAGAGAGUACUGAUGUUCAAUCUGUGGAAUUACAAAGUUACUUAGAAGAUGCCGUUAUUCUCUUACAAAAGUUGUCAUGUUUUCUGAAAACUCUGAUAGAAACAGUUGCAUUGUCAUGUGAAAGUUUAAAAACAUUUCCCACAACCACUGGUCAAAUUAUUUUAAAUAUUUUUACUCACUGCAAAGAUAGUGAAAACUUAUAUGGAAACUUUUUAAAGGUUGUUGAGACAGAAUUAAAAGAUUUAUUUCGUACUUGUCAUGAAUUGCAACAUACAUAUUUGAUGAUAUUAGAGAAGCAUUUUAUAUUUGAUAUGAUGGUUGUUGAACAACAAUAUAUUCUUCUCAAAGCUCUUGACAUCAAUUUGAAAAUAAGUGAGAUAGUCCAAGCUUUGGAUGUGAAGACAAUGGCAGAGCAGUUAAAGGCUUAUACAGGGAUAUGUACUAAAUAUUCUGAGAGCUUAAUGGAUAAAGACAUUUAUAACCAAUGUACUGAACUCUUGUGUGGUUUGAUUGGAUCUAAUUUGAAAACAGCUUUAGAGAUUGAUCAAGAGGAAAAAAUAGUUUUACGUUCAUUGAAAAUUGCCAGUUUCAUUAUUAAGAUAUUAACGAAACUAAGCGAUAUCUUCAAAUAUGGAGCAAGAAACAAUUAUGAUAUUGUUCUACAGACUUUGAUUUCUAUUUAUAUGUGUGAUGGUACAAUUCAGCGUGAACAGUUAAACAAGUCACAGCAGUUUAUAAGUCAAGUUAAUUUACUUAUUUUUAAGAUAACACAAGAGUUAUUAUUUCAACUCCUACUUGAUAGAAGAUUCUUUGAUUGUCUACUUCAAAGUGAUAUAAGAAAAGUGAGUGAGGAUAAACAACAUGGUUUACUAUUACUUUUGAUAUCAACAAUUAAAUGUACUCUACAAAAUACUGAUCUGAAUUUAAAUGUUCCAAAAAACAAGUUAAUUGAAUAUAUAUUCAACAUCAUACCUUAUGGUGAAGUGUGGCUUAAUUCAAAGGUGACUCAUAAAGACAGUGAAGAACAAAGUUUGGAAGAUAAUUUGCUUGUUAAUUUAGUCGCAUUAUCAAUGAGUUUGAGAGGCGAAGAGUUUUCAGUAUUGGAAGAAAAGUUAUGCGAUGCUGUGUUGGGAGAUAAUUGUUCAAAGGCUUUGUUUGUGACACAUUAUUGGGUCUUAUUGGCAAAGCUCACAGAUUCUCAAUACAUUGUACCUACUGUGACAUCUUUAUGUAAAAUAUACGAAAAUUUGGAGUUAAAUGCUUCGUUUCAAAACUCUCCUCAAGAAAUUCAAUUGGGACAGAUUAUUAGACGACUUUUUGAAAUUUUACCUAACCAUUAUAAAGUUUUGGUUAAAAAGCAAUAUGAAAUUCAAGAGAAAUAUUAUAAUCUAUGGAGUUUUAUUAAGAUUAAAAAUUUACCAGAAAAUAUAAGGGUUGCAACAGAAGAGAAUUUACUUGGAAAAUUAUUGUUUGAAUUAAAAAAGCUAACAAACUCUGAUUACAUGGAAAAUGAUAUGCAGCAGUUGAUUAAAAUAAUGAAAGUUGCUUCAACUUGUUGCUUUACGGAAUUAAAUUCUAAUAUAAUAGAUAGCAUUGUAAAAGCUUGGGUUAAAGCGUGUCCAAAAAAUCUUUUCUCAUUACCUAAAAAUAUAGAAAAUAGUAUUUUCUGGUAUUAUUCAUAUGUGGAAGCUUUGGUUUUAUUGACCAAUGAAAUUAUAGAAAAAUUUGUCUAUUUUGAAAAUGUCUUAACGGUAUUUCAUAUUAUAUCCAAGUUAAUAUUAACAGGAAAUAAUGAAUUGAUAUUACUCUUAAUACCUUUAUAUUGCAAAAUAUCACUUUAUUUUUUUGCCGAUGAACCAAAUUUAUCAAUAGACCAAAAUAUAGAUGAAACAUUCAAGUAUUUACUUCUAAAAACAGAACCUCUAGUUCAACAUUAUACUCUGGGAGAAUUAUUAAAAUAUAAUAAGGAGAAAAAAAUCAAAAAUAUAGUUGGGAAAAUAAUUAACUCUUCAUCAGAACUGCAAAAAAUGUGGCAACAUAUUAAAAAUAAAAAUAUUAAUGAAGGAAACAAACAAUGGAUGUUAAUAGCCGAUUGUAAAUAUACACAUAAAUGUAUGGAGAAUAAAUUUAUACAUGAAGAUUCAGAUAAAAUUAAAUUAAAGAGUAAUUUCGAAAUGGAUAUUGAUAAUUUGUUUACUAUUGAAGUUGCAGAGGAACCUGCAAGUAAAAAAGUAAAGCUCGAAGAUGACCAAUUUCUAGAUAUUGUAAAGAGACUUGAAAAUGAUUCCUUGUUAUUGUCUAGUACUAAGCAUAUCUCUGAUGAAUGUAAAAAGAGAAUAACAGUUGUAUGUGAUAGAUUAAGAAAUAUAAUUACCUAGAAGAGUUUUAUUUUAAU